AUGGCCACGCUUGGCCGCGCUGCCGCUUCUCUGCCGGGUGCUGCUCUGUGGGGUCCCGGAGACUGCGGGACCCCCCUGGCCUGGGCAGCCCCUCGGAGCCCCCAGGGACAGCCGCAACACCUCCCACCCUACACCCAGCAGGGGAGAGCGGUGACCCCAGCCCCCCCGCUGCUGCCGACGUCCAUCCCCGGCUACCAGCAGAUCCAGGGGCAGCCCGCAGAGACCAAGACCUCCGGCAGUGCCACCCCCAGGGCAGCACCCCCGGGAAGCAACAUCUCCCCGGGCAGCGACGUCCCCCCCAGCCCCUCUGCUGCCCCCCACGAGCAAGCCCUGGGGGACCCCACAGGCGACCUCGCUGUGGCCGAGGAGGUCCUUCUUGAGGAGGCCCUGAGGCUCUUUGGUUGCUCCCCGGACGCGGUGGGGGUCAGCCAGGACGCUCCCAGCAGCGGCCCCAGGCCUGGGGACCCUGGUGGCACCGGCGCAGCCAUCCCCCACUGCGACUUCGCCUCGCUCUCCCUGCCCGAGGAGCUGCUCAGCCCCGACUACAGCGUCCCCGAGACCGCCGGCGCCAUCCUCAGCCUGGACGAGUUCGUCAUGGGGCUGGAGCCCCAGGAGCCGUGGGGGGAUGAGGGCAGGGACCUGCCACCGUCCCAGCCUGCCACGGCAGAGAAGCGGGGGAAGAAGCGCGCCAAGAGCACCUCGCCAAAGCCAGCCAGCAAACGCAGGGCUCUCGCCGGCAGCAGGGGGGUGGCGGGGGGGGAUUAG